GUGAGCUAUCCGUGUGUAAAUUUUUCCCCACCGUCGCAGCCACGAGUGAGAGCGUAGAGGGUUGAAGGCCGGUCGCCGUGGUGUGCCGAUGGUGAGCAUUGCGCACCGGGGCGCACGCUGGCAGCCCACACGGCGGCGCUGCACGUCCAGACGCGGCCAGGGUACUACUAUGGCCAGUGGGUCGCCUCGGCCCGCACGGGCGCCGGUGGCCGGAGCGACGAGGUGGAGACGGCAGCCGCGCCGCGCGCACGACGAGCCCGAGAGGAAGCGUAACGCUGCCCGGCGCGCGCGCGCUAGAAGGCCAGGCGAGCCCGCCCAGUUCGCGGGCUCUCUGCUGCGGCCUUGCGCCAAGCGCGUUCGUGGCGUCCGCAGGUAAACGGAAAAGGCCGUACAGCACGGGCUGAAUGGCGCGGCUUUCUUUAGGAAGUUCUGGGCCGAGGACGACGGCUCGGAGCUGGCCCGGAGCUCCCCCGCGUCAUGACCUUCAAUAGAAAAACCUCCAUGCCUCGUCUCCAACCGUGCAACCGCAAGUCCGCAACAGACAAGGCACGCCGCGUAAGCUUUCCCCGCUGCAAAAGCUCACCGUGCCGCAUAAACAACUGACACGCAGGCGAAAAAGAAAGCGCCCUCCUCACCCCGGGCGUCGACAGCGAGGCCGCCGACCUCCCCGGGGAAAAUAUCCCGGUCGACCACGGCCACUGUAGCCGCAUCGCAUCACGAGGGCUCGCCACGCGGCCAGCCAACUUGGCGCGCUUUCCGCGCGGAGGCGGCGGUCAAUGGCCGCCCGGUCCCGCCCGGCUGGCGCAAAGCGACGCCGGCAACCUGCAAUAAGAUAAGCGGCUACUUGUUCGACCCUUCCAGAACCAUCGGCCCCCUCCGGGCCUUCCAGAAAGCUCCCCAGCCACGUCACCGCGCGCACACAGGAUAAGCUUCGGAUGGUUCCAAUCCUUCCAGAACCGUCUCGAUCUUUCUGAAUUGGAAGCCCGGGUUGGUUGGUACGUGGGGGGUCCGGGCUGUAUAAAUGGGCGGUGACCGUGCGCCCCUUCUGACGAGCUCGCUCAAGCGCCUCAAGUACGAAGCCUAAAGGGAUACUAGUACUGUACUUUCCUCUCCCUUCUUCUCCGUCCGCAGUCUGGUCUGGUCUGCUUCUUCUCUCUCCGUCCUUGUUCCUUCUCUCUUCUUGUACUCUCCGAUUUUACAUUUGGCCUCCUCCAACCCUCCUCCUGCAGCUGCUUCCGGGCGUCAAUGGGGAGCUCUGCCAUUUUAGGAGAAGCGGAGAUCCCCUGAAUUGGGUGGCCAGCAUUAAAUUUACGGGUGUGGUUCUUUGGAGUUUGGAGGGCGACAAUUUUUUCUAGCGAAGAUCGCCGUCGGUUAAUUUGGCCGGUUCUUGAUUCUUUCUGGACCUCGUUUUACUUGCUCGGAUCGAUCACCGGUGCUCAGUGAUCCCCUCUGUCCCAUUUUUCUCUAGAGCUUGUUUGGUCGUUUGAUCAUGGAUCCCUUUCACGGCAUUGUGAAAGAGGAGGAAUUCGACUUCGCCGGAGCUGCAGCGGAUGGCUACUCGCCGUCUUCGUGGGGCUCAUCCCCGUCUUCCUGGGGAUCUUCCCCGUCUUCGUGGGCCGGCGGCGGCGCCUUGGCGGAGCUGCCGCGGCCGAUGGACGGCCUCGGCGAGGCGGGCCCCACGCCCUUCCUGAACAAGACGUACGAGGUGGUGGACGACCACAGCACAGACACCAUCGUGUCGUGGGGCGUCGCCGGGAACACCUUCGUGGUGUGGGACGCCCACGCCUUCUCCAUGGUGCUCCUCCCCCGCUACUUCAAGCACAGCAACUUCUCCAGCUUCGUCCGCCAGCUCAACACCUAUGGGUUCAGGAAGGUUGACCCGGACAGGUGGGAGUUCGCGGCGGAGGGGUUCCUGCGGGGCCAGAAGGAGCUGCUGAAGACGAUCAGGCGGCGCCGGCCUCAGUCGUCGCCGUCUGGGACGCCGGCGCUGCAGCAGCAGCAGCAGGGCCAACAGCAGGAGGCGUGCCUGGAGGUGGGGCAUUUCGGGCCCGAGGGCGAGGUGCAGCGGCUGCAUCGCGACAAGGGCACCCUGAUCGCGGAGGUGGUGAAGCUGCGGCAGGAGCAGCAGGUGACGCGCGCGCAGAUGCAGGAAAUGGAGGCGCGCCUCGCCGCCACGGAGCAGAAGCAGCAGCAGAUGACGGCGUUCCUGGCGCGCGCCAUGAAGAGCCCCAGCUUCCUCCAGAUGCUGGUGGAGCGGCAGGACCAGAGCCGGCGGAAGGAGCUCGCGGACGCGCUCCUCUCCAAGAAGCGCGGCCGCCCCAUCGAGUACCUCCUCCGCCGCAACGGCGAGACCAGCUACAGCGCCCCGGCGCAAGGCUACGGCCCCGGGCUCGCAGACGGCGGCGAGGGCAGGCGCGCGGACGGCGAGGACACGGAGAGCUUCUGGAAGGAGCUGCUGAGCCUGGGCCUCGAGGAGAGGCAUCGGGAGGCAGGCGGGGCCGGCGGGGAUGCGAGCGGCGCCGAGGUGGACAACGACGUGGAGGAUGAGGUGGACGAGCUAGUGCAGAGCCUCUACCACCUCAGCCCGAACCGGCCCCACAGCUACCAGUGAAGGAAGAACAGAAGGUUCUAGAGCGAGAAAUAUCUGCUGCCGCUUGGAGAACCACGUAGGGCCGCAGCCUGACAAGUGACAACCCCAGCAGUGAGCGAAAGAAGAUAAGAAGGUUCUAGAACAAGAAGUUUCCGCUGGAGAGCGUCGAACAUCGUGGGGUGGUAGUAGUGGUAGUGCUCCCUCCAUGCCGCCAUGGGCCUUGGGGGAUGGUCUGCUUUGUUCAUUUUCUAUUGCUAGUAGUAGUACCUGACAUGUUGUCGGGGCCCCGCGGCCUGCAUGCGCAAGUUGCCCGAAACAGUAAGGGGCCAGCGCCUUUUGGCCUGGCGUGGUGGAAUAAUGCUUGGAGGCUUUACCGGAUUAAGUACUCCAAGUUGGAUCCACAUCCAUCGUGGCCCGUUCCCGACCGAUGAAAUCAUGGAAGGGGCAAAGGCAAAACAGAGUUCUAGUAGAUUGCAGCACAAGUUGCACGAAGGUAGUGGAGCUCGCUCGGCAUUUUCAUGGUCGUACGAGAAGAAAGUCUUCUGAAAUGAAAAGGAAAGGCUAGCUCGUCA